UUCCUCUGUCAGAUCAAGAUCAAGUGGUUUCAAGUGGUUGAACGGCCUCAUCCCAGCAUUCGAAUGCAUUUGUCACUGGACAACAUGAACAUGGUGGAUGACAGCUGUCUUUCGCCCAGUAACUUCCAUGAGAUGGUCAAAGCUGGGGGCGCGGCGGUGGGCACCCGUGUCCACAGCAUAGAUGUCAUCCUGGGCUUUAACAAGGACCAGGAUCCUUUGCUGAACCCUGGCAGCAAUGCGGUAUCACACAAAGUAGGAGGUGAAAGUCUUGGAGACCCAGGGAAGCAGGACCAGCGGGUGCAGGCCUACGGGCACCUGCCACCCCUCAGGGACGGCUCGGAGCAAGCGGCAUUUCACGACGCUGACAUAUUCUCCAACAAGUGUGACGGGGACUUGAGCGAACUGCGGAAAUCCAUCGAGAGUGACAACAAGUCUCCGGACUCAGCUGAUGGGGAGCAACCCAAGAAAAAGCACCGCCGCAACCGCACCACCUUCACCACCUACCAGCUCCACGAGCUUGAGCGAGCCUUCGAGAAGUCCCACUAUCCCGACGUUUACAGCCGAGAGGAGCUGGCCAUGAAAGUCAACCUCCCAGAAGUUCGAGUGCAGGUCUGGUUCCAGAAUCGCAGAGCCAAAUGGAGGCGACAGGAGAAAAUAGAUGCCAGUACUAUGAAGCUCCAUGACUCCCCCAUGCUCUCCUUCAACCGGCCUCCAAUGCACCCCACCGUGGGGCCCAUGAACAACACGCUGCCCCUUGACCCUUGGCUGCCCUCUCCUCUAUCUAGUGCCACUCCAGUGCACAGCAUCCCAGGAUUCAUGGGUCCUACACAAGGACUGCAAGCAGGCUAUGCCAGUCACGGUUUCCUCAGUCCACCCCAAACCAUGGCCCAAAGCAUGCAGCCCAUGGCGCCUCCUCCAUAUCAGUGCCCUCCUCCCUUCACCGACAAAUACCCUCUGGAGGACGUAGACCAGCGCAGUUCAAGCAUUGCCGCUCUGAGGAUGAAAGCUAAGGAGCACAUCCAAUCCAUGGAUAAAACCUGGCAACCCAUGUGCUAAGACAUCUCUCUUUGAAUGUGGGCCUUCAUAUUUCUUGGGACUAAA